AUGAACCGAACAAAUGGUGAAUCGGAUCGCACGUUGUGGAUGGGUGAUUUAGAUGAAAAAUGGGAUGCGAAUACGAUUGUUGAAGCAUUUGCCCGAAUGGGCGAACAAGUAAUAAAUGUUAAAUUGGUUUCAGACAAGCAAUCGGGGAAACAAGCUGGAUAUUGCUUUGUGGAGUUCCCCGAUCGAGAAUCAGCCCGUAGAGCAAUGCUUCGUAUUAACGGUAAAAUAAUGCCUAAAUCAAAGCCUCCGGCUGCUUUUAAUUUAUCCUUCGCUAAUUCGCCAAGCGCUGCGUAUACUGAAUACAAUUUAUUUGUUAACAAUCUUCCUUCAAAUGUGGAUGAUGCAUCAUUAUUCCUGAUUUUUGGUGAACGAUACGAAUCAUGUCGCGGUGCAAAGGUAUAUCGCAACACUGAUGGUUCAUCUAAAGGUCUUGGUUUCGUUCGAUUUUCUAACCAAACAGAUCAACAAAGAGCCUUGCUCGAAAUGAACAAAUACCGAGUAGAAGGUCGACCCAUAUUUCUUAAAUUAGCGCAACCGAAAUAUCGUGCUCCUCGGCAACCGAAGUUCCAAGGAGUCAGUGGCGCGGAUACCUUCGGCUAUUAUGUUCAGCAACAGAAUAUUCCGGAUACCUCUUCCUAUUAUAAUACUGGCAAUGCAAGUACCACUCAGCAUUCUAAUUACCCCGUCUCGGAUGCAUACUCCACACCGGUGGCUAAUCAAUCGGCUUAUUAUUCUGGAGUUGGGUCGGUAGAUUCAUAUAUUCCGCGUGGCACAUUGCCUAUCAGAGAUCCUACUGCAGAAGAAAGUAAUGAUUUUCUUGUGAAAAAUGGUGAAGAAUUUUAUGAAGCACUCGAAAGGAGUCGUUGGAGCCAAGUUGUUUGUGAUGCAAACAUAACUAUCGAUGAUCUCAUUCAUUCUUUAUCAUGA